GCCCACAACUCUCUCCUCUCUUAAACGCCACUAGUUCGCACCAGAGUGCAAGCAAAUUUUCUCUCUUCCCAAACAGAGCAACCAAUUUUCUCUCUAGUUUUCUGGGAUUUUCUUGCAUUUUCUCGGGUGAUUCGCUAUUCGGGUUGAUCGAGAAGAUGACUGUGGAGGAGACCCAGGUGGCUGAAGUGGUGGUUGUUCCUCAGGAGGAGGCGGAGAAGGUUGUGUGUGAGCAUGAGAAGGUUGUUGAGGGAGAUGAUAAGGUGAAGGAGGUGGAAGAGGCGGAGUCGAAGACGAAAAUGGUUGAGAGGAGCUCUUCUUAUAAGGAAGAGAGCAACUAUCUCUCCGAUUUGAAGGAGUUCGAGAAGAAGGCGUUGAACGAGCUGAAAUCGAAGCUGGAGGAGGCCAUUUUGGGCAACAAUAUCUUCAAGAAGGAGGAGCCAAAGAAGAAGGAGGAGCAGAAGGAAGAGAAAAAAGUAGCAGAGGAGGAAGAGAAGAAGGAAGAGAAAACAGAGGAGGCAGUGAAAACGGAGGAGGUAGAAAAAACAGAGGAGGUAGGAAAAACUGAGGAUGUUAAAACAGAGGAGGAAGAGAAGAAUGAAGAAAAAGCAGAGGAGGUUUGUGAGACAAAGACAGAGGAAGUAGCCGAAGAGAAAACCGAAGAAGGCGAACAAGAGAAGAAAUCGGAAGAUGGGUAUGAAGUAGUAGACACGGAUAUCUCUCUUUGGGGAGUGCCCCUAUUCCCUGGGAAGGGUUUUGAGGGCACUGAUGUUGUGCUCUUAAAGUUCUUGAGGGCUAGGGAGUUCAAGGUCAAUGAGGCUUUCGAGAUGCUGAAGAAAACCCUUCAAUGGAGGAAGGAGUCGAAGAUCGAUUCGAUCUUGGACGAGGAUGUCUGUGCUGAUUUGAGCUCUGCUGCUUACUUGAACGGCGUUGAUCGCGAAGGCCACCCCGUUUGCUACAACAUUUUUGGGGUUUUCGACAAUGAGGAGCUUUAUCGGAAGACUUUUGGGAAUGAGGAGAAGAGAGGGCAGUUCCUGAGGUGGAGGCUCCAGCUGAUGGAGAAGAGCAUCCAGAAGCUGGAUUUGAGGCCUGGUGGUGUCACUUCUCUGCUUCAGAUCAAUGACCUCAAGAACUCGCCCGGGCCUUCGAAGAAGGAGCUCAGGAUUGCCACAAAGCAAGCUGUUGGGCUUUUGCAGGACAACUACCCUGAGUUGGUUGCCAAAAAUAUCUUCAUAAACGUUCCUUUCUGGUACUAUGCACUCAAUGCUUUGCUAUCUCCUUUCUUGACUCAAAGAACCAAGAGCAAGUUUGUCGUUGCUCGCCCGGCGAAGGUCACUGAAACCCUUCUCAAGUACGUUCCAGCUCAGGAGAUUCCUGCUCAGUAUGGCGGCUUCAAGAGGGACAACGACAGCGAGUUCUCUGCCGAAGAUGGCGCUGUUUCGGAGCUUAUCAUCAAGGCCGGAUCCACUGGAACCGUACAGAUUGAUGCAGCAGAGGUUGAUAACACAUUAGUGUGGGACUUGACUGUUUUGGGAUGGGAAGUGAAUUACAAGGAGGAGUUUGUUCCCACUGAUGAGGGGUCAUACACCAUUAUUGUACAGAAGAAGAAGAAAAUGGGGUCUAAUGAAGGCCCGAUUCGCAACACUUUCCGAAGCAACGAACCUGGGAAGGUUGUCCUGACAAUCGAGAACAAUUCGAGCAAGAAGAAGAGGGUUCUGCACCGGUACAAGGCCAAGAAGUGCUCCACAUUCUGAGAGAGAAAGAGAGUUGAACUGCAAAAGAAGGUUGCAAUGCAAGUAAAUUGCUUGAGAGAGCAUUAUACAUAGUAGAGCUUAUUCUUUUAGAGUGAGGCAAUAAUUGGUUGAGGAGAUAGAGAAAGUGAUGAUAGUUCAUUCUUUUGGAGGAUCAAUGUGAUUCUGUAAUUUGAUAUAUGUUUUGAUGUGUAUGGUUUUGCUUUGUGAUUUUCAAUUUGGCUAAGACUUUGAGAGUGAAUAUAUAUAUUGGCAAUUAUUCA